AUGAAUGCCAAAAAGGAUCAAAGAGAAAAGUCUGGAAACCAAGAUUUACACCCCCUGCAUGCCUUUGUGAUGCUAAGUAUGAUUGUGGUGUUACUUCCAGUCAUUGGAACGUCGAAACAAAAUAUUCCAAGACUGAAACUCUCAUACAAAGACUUGCUUCUUUCAAACAGCUGUAUUCCUUUCUUGGGUUCAUCAGAAGGGCUGGAUUUCCAAACCCUGCUCUUAGAUGAGGAGAGGGGCAGGCUGCUGCUUGGAGCAAAGGACCACAUCUUCCUGCUCAGCUUGGUUGACUUAAACAAAAAUUUUAAGAAGAUUUACUGGCCUGCAGCAAAGGAAAGGGUGGAAUUAUGUAAAUUAGCUGGAAAAGAUCCUCAUACAGAAUGUGCAAAUUUCAUCCGAGUGCUUCAGGCUUAUAACAGAACUCAUGUUUAUGUGUGUGGGACUGGAGCCUUUCACCCAAUAUGUGGAUACAUUGAUCUUGGAACCCACAAAGAGGAAAUCAUGUUCAAACUGGACACACAUAAUUUGGAAUCUGGCAGACUGAAAUGUCCUUUUGAUCCUCAGCAGCCUUUUGCUUCAGUAAUGACAGAUGAGUACCUCUAUGCUGGAACAGCUUCAGACUUCCUCGGCAAAGACACGGCCUUCACACGUUCCCUUGGCCCUACUCAUGAUCAUCAUUACAUCAGAACUGACAUUUCAGAACACUACUGGCUCCAUGGAGCAAAAUUUAUUGGAACUUUUCCCAUACCGGAUACAUACAACCAAGAUGAUGAUAAAAUAUAUUUCUUCUUUCGUGAAUCAUCUCAAGAAGGCAGUACCUCUGAUAAGACUAUAUUAUCUCGAGUUGGAAGAGUUUGUAAAAAUGAUGUGGGAGGGCAACGUAGUUUGAUAAACAAAUGGACAACUUUUCUCAAGGCCAGAUUGAUUUGCUCAAUUCCUGGCAAUGAUGGAGCAGACACUCAUUUUGAUGAGCUUCAGGAUAUUUUUUUACUUCCCACAAAAGAUGAAAGAAAUCCUGUAGUAUAUGGAGUCUUUACUACAACCAGCUCCAUCUUCAAGGGUUCUGCUGUUUGCGUCUACAGCAUGGCUGAUAUCAGAGCAGUUUUCAAUGGCCCAUACGCACAUAAAGAAAGUGCAGAUCAUCGGUGGGUCCAGUAUGAUGGAAGAAUUCCUUACCCAAGGCCUGGUACGUGUCCAAGCAGAACAUAUGAUCCAUUGAUUAAAUCAACCAGAGACUUUCCAGAUGAUGUCAUUAGCUUUAUAAAACGGCAUCCUGUGAUGUAUAAAUCUGUGUACCCUGUGGCUGGAGGACCUACUUUUACUAGAAUUAACGUGGAUUACAGAUUGACACAGAUUGUGGUAGAUCACGUUAUUGCAGAAGAUGGCCAAUAUGAUGUAAUGUUUCUAGGAACAGAUAUUGGAACUGUACUAAAAGUUGUCAGCAUUGCAAAGGAGAAGUGGGAUAUGGAAGAGGUAGUAUUGGAGGAGUUGCAGGUGUUCAAGAAUCCAUCAUUUAUCUUGAAUAUGGAGAUGUCUUUGAAGCAACAACAAUUGUACAUUGGUUCCCGAGAUGGAUUGGUUCAGCUCUCUCUGCACAGAUGUGAUACGUAUGGGAAGGCCUGUGCAGACUGUUGCCUUGCCAGAGAUCCCUACUGUGCUUGGGAUGGAAAUGCAUGUUCUCGAUAUGCACCAACUUCCAAAAGGCGAGCUAGGCGGCAAGAUGUAAAAUAUGGGGACCCCAUUACUCAAUGCUGGGACGUAGAAGACAGCAUUAGUCAUGAAACUGCUGAUGAAAAGGUGAUUUUUGGCAUUGAAUUUAAUUCAACCUUUCUGGAAUGUAUUCCUAAAUCCCAGCAAGCAUCUAUAAAGUGGUAUAUCCAGCGAUCUGGAGAAGAGCAUCGGGAGGAGCUGAAACCUGAUGAAAGGGUCAUCAAAACUGAAUACGGGCUGCUGAUUCGCAGCUUGCAAAAGAAGGACUCUGGGAUAUACUACUGCAAAGCACAGGAGCACACGUUCAUCCACACCAUCGUGAAGCUGACUUUGAACGUCAUAGAGAAUGAGCAAAUGGAGAAUACUCAGAAAGCGGAACACGAGGAGGGCCGGGGCAAGGAUCUGCUGGCUGAGUCCCGGCUGAGGUAUAAAGACUACAUGCAAAUCCUCAGCAGCCCCAACUUCAGCCUGGACCAGUACUGCGAACAGAUGUGGCACCGGGAAAAACGGAGGCAGAGAAACAAAGGGGGCGCUAAAUGGAAGCACGUGCAGGAGAUGAAAAAAAAGCGAAAUCGGCGACACCACAGAGACCAUGAGCAGCUUCCUAGAGCCGUGGCCACGUAGUCCUCUUAACCUGCAAAAGAAAAAGACUGUGUUUUAUCCUUCAGACUUGUGCAUAGCCUCCCUUCAAGGAGAUUUGCUAAUGCACAAUAAAAGUAAUCUGGAUGAGGCUGUAAUGGGAA